AUGAGGGACAGAGAGGGAGGGCGGAGAGAAAGAGGGACAUGGAAGGUGAGAGAGCGAGGGACAGAGAGUGAGGGACACAUAGGGCAAGAGAGGGUGGGACAGGGAUGGACAUGGAAGGUGAGAGAGGGAGGGACAGGGAGGGGCAGAGAGCCAGGAACAGGGAGGGAAAGGCAGGGACAAGGAGGGCAAGAGAGCGAGGGACAGGGAGGGCGGGAGAGGGAGGGACAGAGAGGGAGGGCGGAGAGAGAGAGGGACAUGGAAGGUGAGAGAGCGAGGGACAGGGAGGGUGAGACAGGGAGGGACAGGGAGGGCAAGAGAGGGAGGGACAGAGAGAGCAAGAGAGGGAGGGACAGAGAGGGCAAGAGAGGGAGGGACAGAGAGAGCAAGAGAGGGAGGGACAGGGAGUGA